UCUGCUUGAAAUCACUUGAACCUUUUAACCACGGAAUUAUGUUUCGAACGUCCCUCGUGGGUGGCGUAAUUAGAGUCAAGAAAUGAUUAGUACAUUGUACGAAAGUACGAGAAAUGCUUUUGUUAUAAAUUUUAUGAACAAAAGGAACACAGAGAACGCAUACGUUAUUUUCUAUAUGAAAUUAACGAUUCAUUGUUGAAGAGGUUAUUCUUAUUUAUUGCGAUAUUAGUCUAUGAUGUAUGAAGAAAUAUGAGAAUAUACAGGGUGUCCCAAAAAUGUUGAAACGGGUGGUUCGGGAAGUGAUUUGAAACAACUUUAUCUUUAGCGAAAAUAUUGCCCGUGUAGUUGUCCGAGUUUUUAGUAACAUAAAAAUACUUUCGUUUCUGCGGGUGUGUUUUGCUCGACUUUCGUUCGACUCUGGACGCUCAUAUUAUUAAAUAUCAACACACUGGUCCAAUCAUGACCAGAGCACCCUUCGUUGGACCUUCCUCUUUCGAAUGAGCCCUCAUUCAGCCCAAAAUAUGCUAAUAUAAGCGCGAAAAGCGAAAAAUCCCGAACCCCUUUUUCGCUGCAUUACUCUGUGCGUGUGUGUGUGUGCGCGCGCGCGCGCGUGUGUGUGACUCGAUUUAUGGGUUCCUAUAUCGCUAAACAUGUUUAUUUAAGGGAUUUCAAAAUUUCUUCACUGAUGAAAUAUAACUUUAAUCAUUCCCCACACAAAGUGGAAAGCAUUUCAACGAUUCAGGAACUGUUACGAGCACGCCGAAUAAAUGAUUGCUGCUGUAUAGCCAGAAAGACGAUGCGGUUUUAUUAUUAACUAUAAUUAUAGGUAUGGAUCCGUAUUAAAGUUCCCCCAAAUAACUGUGAUUCCAUCUCGAUUUCGUCGCACCCGCAACCAGAAGCCUGGUAUAAAAUCCACUGGCUUCGUAACAUUAAGCUAUUUUCUUUGGUGAAGUCUCCCGGGAUCGUGGCAACUUGCUAAUGAUUCGAAAGGCACUCGUAUUAGCGACGAUGUUGGCAGGUAUUUUGAGCGAACCUCAAGGUCCUGGCUACCUUCCGCCAACACCAUCACGUCCACCCAUUGGAGGAGGAGGUGGAAAUAGUGGCCAUCCAGACGAGUGGGCUGGUGAUCCGGCGAAUUACGAAUUCUCGUACGAAGUGCAAGACGCAGGAGCCGGGUUAGACUUUGGUCACCACGAAUCAAGAAAAGACAACGAGGCGAGUGGAACGUACCACGUGUUGUUGCCGGACGGUCGAACACAAAUCGUCGAUUACGUUGCCGACGGUGGCGGGUAUCGUCCAAUGGUACGAUACGAGGGCACAGCAACGUAUCCAGCUCCGGGACCUCCAUCAUCGGGCGGUGGAUCAACCAGUAACGAGGGAUACAGAUAUUAAUCGA